UUUGGGACCAGCAGACCAGUCGUUCCGUGCACUCCAAAAAUCCAUCACAAAACAAUGCUGUCCUUAAGUUUCUUCCUAUAAGAUCUUCCUUCCCCUUAUCCUUCCAAUGACUUCCAUCUCAAUAAUUCCACACACACCACAGCUUCCGAGUGAGUGAGUGAGCGAGUCAGCAACAUGGAGAAAGCUGCACGACUCGUCUUCAUCCCUGGUCCGGGAGUGGGUCAUCUCGGCUCCACCAUUCAGUUCGCCAACCUUCUGUUGGAGCGCCACCACCAUAUCUGGAUCACCCUCUUAGUAAUCAAACUACCAUCUGACACCACAACCGCUGCUUACACUCAUUCCCUUAACUCCCACCGUCUUCAGCUCGUCAACCUCCCGGAAACUCCAUCCGACGCCCCAGCAAUUCCGAUGACACUAAUCGAACUUCAAAAGCCAAACGUCAAAGAAGCCGUCUCCAACCUCAGCCCCACGCCCCCACUCGCGGCCUUCGUCGUCGACAUGUUCUGCACCAGCAUGAUCGAUGUCGCCAAAGAGUUCCACGUCCCUUCACUCGUCUUCUUCACCUCUGGUCUUGCCUUCCUUGGUUUGAUACUUCAUCUUCACACCCUCAAGGAAGAGGAGAACGCCGAGUUCACCGAACCCGACGCCGAGUGGGUCAUCCCGAGUUUCGCGAAGCCAGUCCCAAUACGGAAUUUCCCUUCCAUAGUGCUGUGGAAGGAGUGGGAGGAAUUUUUCGUGGCCUACGGGAGGGGCCUCAAGAAAGCUAACGGCUUCAUAGUAAAUUCAUUCGAGGAGCUAGAAUCCCAUGCGGCACACUCUUUCCUUGACGGGCCUCAGCUCGUUUUUGCAGUGGGACCCAUUCUAAACCCAAAGCCCAAGCUCCAUCCAGACGCUCCCGCCGACAACGCUGACAUCUUCGAUUGGCUUGACAACCAACCCCCUUCCUCCGUUGUGUUCAUGUGCUUCGGGAGCAUGGGUUCUUUUGGUGAGGAUCAGGUGAGGGAGAUUGCACGGGCUCUUGAAAACAGUGGGGCCCGUUUCCUCUGGUCCCUGCGGAAACCUCCACCCAAGGGCUCUUUUUUCAUCCCGCCCUCUGAUUACGCUCCCUCCGAAUUGCCUUCGAUUUUACCCGCGGGCUUCUUAGAUCGGACGGCUGGGAUUGGAAAGGUAAUUGGAUGGGCCCCUCAGGCCCAAAUACUGGCCCACCGAGCCACCGGAGGGUUUGUUUCUCACUGCGGCUGGAAUUCUACCCUUGAGAGCAUACAUUUUGGUGUGCCCAUUGCGACCUGGCCGCUCUACGCCGAACAACAGACGAACGCAUUUUUACUGGUGCGUGAGCUGGAGAUUGCUUCGGAGAUUUCGUUGGAUUACAGGGGUGAGUCGAAGAAUGAAACUCCCAGCGUUUUGAGUGCGGAGCAGAUAGAAAACGGAAUAAGGAAUUUGGUGGAGAUUAAUGAUGAGAAAAGGAAGAGAGUGGUGGAAGCGAGUGAAAAUAGCAGGAAGACAUUGUUGGAAGGUGGAUGUUCCUACUCUUCGUUUGGACGUUUGAUUGAUUACGUAAUGAAUCAGGUUUAGCUAUCCUUAUUCUAAUCAAUCCUAUGUAUUAUUCCAUGCACAAUAUAUUUCUUCGAAUGAUGUUGUUCCAUAUU